AUGAGCACCACCGGAAGCGACGCGUGCCAGAAAUGUGCGCGAACUCAUGCACGACUCGAGAACAGUCUGAAAAGAGCAGUCGACUUGGAGCAGUAAGCCUCAACUGGAAGUGGAAGGCAAUAUGACACUUUUCUCUUCCAGAGAGCUCGCAACGUACGAACAAUUUAUGCAAAGACAUAUGGAUCGGAAGAAAGAAGAUGCAAAUCGGAACGAAACGGAGAAAAAAGAGCUUAAGGAGCAACUCGCCGUGUUAGUUGUCAUUUAAAAUUUCAAUAAAGUAUAAAUCUUCUAUUUUCAGCUCAAAAAGCCAUUUCGAAUCUGCGUUGACGGCGAACAACGAACAGACUCGGCGAGUUUUGCAGCAGGUGGAAUCGAAAUGCCGACGUCUGGAAAGUGAUCUGGAAGAAUACAAACACAUGGAAGGCAGUUACCUUAAGAGAAUAAUGGAAUUGGAGAAGGAGAAUCAAGGGCUGAAAGCGGCUUGCAGAAAGUCGGCAGACACGAAAAUGUUUGAAACCCUCUUGGAAAGAAUGAAGAUUCUCGAAGAAACGCACUCACAAAACUCGUCUUUUCUUACCAAUUCUUCCACGUUCCAAAGCACGUCCACCACAAAUUCGGCAUCGGAAGAGAAGCUGAUCGAGAUGAACGAAAGGAAAUAUCAGUUGGAACUGGCCGAUCCCAUUGCACAGGCGCAGCAAUUGAUACAAAGAUUCAUGACUUUGACCGACGACCGCGUUCGGAUCUUGAAGCUCGAGAUGUUUUUGGAUGAUUUUGCCUACGAAUACACGCUCUACGUAACUGCCUUGGAGAGCAACAUUGAUAUGCUAAUGGUGAGAAUUGAGAAACAAUUAAAGAUCCUGACUUAUCUUUGUUCUCCAGAAGUCGGCUGAACUGUCCGAUUUGGAGCCGCUGCCCGACUUUCCCAAUCCGCUAACUCCAGAGUUGAUGGCCCAGUUCGAAGCAGCUCUCAAAAAAGACAACUCGCCGAGAGAAAACCGAUUCACGAUGAACACUUCGAAUUGUCAAAUUUGCGAGCGUUCCAUAGAAAAGCACCACGAAAUAGAGGCGUGUGACUCGUGUGGACAGCAUUUUCAUAGAGAGGUAACCGAAACUAAUGUUUUCUUUGGUAAUCCUCGUUUUUUCAGUGCGGACGGGUGUUUUCUGAAAGACAGCUCAACUGUGUGACUCCAGGGUGCACAUCGAAAUUCGGAGGUGCCAACUGGAGAUAG